AUGUCGGACAUCGAAAAACCGGUUCCUGCAGCUGCAGGGGGAAAGCCAACCUUUCUAGACAAGCUAUCCAGAUUCACAAUUGGAAGAGACCGCGGAGAAUUACCUGAAAAGGAAGCCGCCGCAGCUGGUGCAGCUGGCACAGCGGAACAGAGUGAGAAGGCCACUCCGGCAGCUCCUCUGACGAAAUGGCAAAAGGUCAAGCGCCACUACAGGCGCUUCUGGAUCUGCUAUCUCAUCGGUGCAAUCAUCAUAGCCGCAAUCCUGCUACCGAUUCUCUUCAUAUUCAUCAUUCCGCGAAUUGCUCAAGAUCUGCUGAACUCGGGUUCCAUUGUCAUUGAUUUCGCCCACAUUCUGCAGCCCACCAAUAAUUCCGUGGUUCUCAACAUCGGGUCACACGUUUACGUUCCUGGUCCCUUCACUGUAUCUACGGAUCCGCUACAGCUGCAACUGUACGUUCCGGAAGUUGGAUCAGAUUACCCAAUGGCUCUGCUCGAUAUGCCAGAAGACAGGAUCCACAAGAACACGAGUAUGAACACUGUCGGCAAUCAAUUUACUCCUUUCAUGAAUUACACAUCGUGGCAUGAGUUCGUUCACAACACCAUUUUCCUAGAUAGCGGUGGCUUGGGGUUGAAGGGCAGCGUGCGCACGCAAUUAGGCAAGAUCAAGAAAUUUACCUUGGAUUUGAAUAAAGUUGUUCCCUCCAAAGCAUUGAACCAGUUCAAAGGAUUCACCAUCGAUUCAGCAGCAUUAGUCCCCACCCAAAGUGACGGUUCCAAUCUGCUGGCCAAUGCCACCCUCCCUAACCAGUCUGUGUUGACGCUGGAGAUCGGCAACACUUCAGUCAAUAUCAUGAGCGGAGAUCUCGUUAUUGCUACUGGUAUGAUCGAGAACCUCUUCCUCCAACCAGGAAACAAUACAUUCGCCAUCCGCGGCAAGGCCAACCUGACCAACCUGAUUGAGAACCUGGGCGACUUACUCAAAUAUCAGGGCCCAUACAUCAAGAACGGGAACCUGGAGCUAACCACCCACGUCACCAACAUCGAAUACAAUGGGUCCAGGGUGCCUUACUACUCUGACGAGAUGGGCAAACUUCCUCUCACUGCGCAAACGCCAGUGCUCGGUCUGCUUCUCAACACCCUCAAGGGCUUCUUGCAUGGUAAUGGAACAAACGCCACCCUUGUACAAGAAGUCAGGAACAAGAUCAAUCAAAACCAUGCAGAUAUACACACCCGAUUCAGCGACAUAGUUAAUAAUUCGACUGAAUUGGAGUUGGUAGCUCGAGAUCAUUUAGAGACUCUGGCUCGGUUUGGAGUAUAG